AUGAGCGGCUUGCCGGGUUCAAAAUCGGAGCAGGGUCAUCACCGUCUCUUCGAUUUCGCCAAAACGGCCAUAAUAAACAUCUUCGCACAUCCUUAUACCACUGUUUGCGAGCUCUACUGCGGCAAAGCUCCCGACACCGACAAGUGGGAAGCUGCUCCGAUAGGUCAUUACAUCGGAAUUGAUACAUCGUCUUCUGGGAUUUCCUGCUUAGGAGAAGCCUGGGACAGUGAGAAGAAGAAAUACGAUUUAGAAUUCUUUGAAGCUGAUCCUUCCACGGAAGAUCUUGAAAGCCAGCUAGAGAAGUUCGUUGGGCAGGUUGAUUUAGUUUCUUGUUGGCGCCAUCUCCAGUUAUGCUUUGAAACUGAGGAGAGUGCGAGAAGACUCCUAACAAAUGUAGCAUGUUUACUGAAACCAGGGGGUUACUUUUUCGGCAUUACUCCUGACUCGUCUACUAUAUGGGCAAAGUACCAGAAAAAUGUCGAAGCUUACCACAAUAGGAGCGGAGGGACGAAGCCUAAUGUUUUUCCCAACUACAUUCGGUCAGAAAGUUACAUGAUCACUUUCGAAUUGGAGGAAGAAAAAUUCCCAUUGUUUGGAAAGAGGUACCAGCUGAAAUUUUCUGGUGACAACGCUUCUGAAGAUCAUUGCUUGGUUCACUUCCCAAGCUUAAUCAGGUUAGCGAGGGAGGCUGGGCUUGAAUAUGUGGAGAUUCAAAGUUUAACAGAUUUUUUCGAUGACAACAGAGCCCAAUUUGCAACCUUGCUGAUGAAUGCUGGCCCUAAUUUCGUUGACCCCAGGGGAAAACUUCUUCCACGGGCAUUUGAUUUGUUAGGGCUCUAUGCAACAUUCAUAUUUCAGAAGCCUGACCCAGAUCUUGAACCUCCUUUAAAGACACCUUUUGAAGGUGGUCCAUUUCUUAAGUCUUCUUUCACGAUUUUGCAGAGAGAACUGUCGGGGAACACUGAUACAAUUACCCCUGCGGAAGAUUCAUCAAAAGGACUAGGGAAGAUUAGUGAACAGAAAGGAAUAUUGGGACCAGGCCCUGCUGAUUUACGUUUCACCGAGGCAAUUUGA